UGACGAUCGAUUUGGAUAUUGCUGUGGGCGAAUUGAUAUUACCCGCUCUGCGACCAUGCAUGAGCUGUGCGGACAGUAUCGUGCGUCGUGCAGUCGCCACUCUGCUUCACUCAUUGAUUGAAGUCCUGCAAGUUGCAAAAUCGAACCUAACUGAUUGGGUGCGUCUGGAUCCCCUCGUCAGCUCGCCUCAUCUGUUGGAACAAGUGUUUCAAAUGGUCAGUCAGUUGGCACGGGAUGAUGUGACCGGACAGCGUCGUCGGUUGAACGCAGACGAAGCAGACUGGAGUGUGUUGGCUGUGGCUUUGGGUCCGUUGUUCAGUUACUUCAAGCUGUGUCGUAUCCCGGGACCACCUGUAACCGGUUCAUCCGGAGUGAAUGGUUCGAACAGGGACGGACUCACAGCGUUCUCGCUGGGCACACUUGAAGCUACCAACUCGAAUGGGAAAGAUUGCAUGGAUAUUGAAGAGCAGGUCUUGGAACUUGUGGAACUACAGUUCAGCUUGGUAUCCGGAAUGCUGGAAACAGAUGUCCAAUCUAGCUCCACAGGAAAUCCAGAUUCCAGUGCCAGUCGUCUUCUGAUCACGCAACAACGAUUUUGGACCACUUUGACGCAUGCGUUGAUCUCGCUCACCGAUCACCUUAUCCCUCUCUGUUUGGAUGGAUUUCGAGAUAAGAGUGAGUACCGUGGUCAACCGCAGGGAUAUUUGUAA